AGUCUCUUUUCGGAUCUAAAAAAUCGACGGGGAUAAAUAAAUACUCAAUUUUCCCGACGGAAAAUUUACCGCUAAAAUUAUUUCAUCCGAAUUUAGAUCUUGAAUACUGAUCAACAAUCGUGGAUAUCACUUGUUUCUAUAAUAAUUACUUGCGUAUACUAGGAUUAUAAGAAACUAAAGCAGUUGAUCCCUGCCGAUUACUGACGAAUUAAAGGAUCCUUACAAAUUUCGGAAAAAAAUCCAUCCAAUAAAAACCAAAAUUUUGACGAAAAUACUAGACAUUCCAUGUCGACAUGUCGUCAGAAGACGCUGUUUCCCAAGAUAUAACCAUUCCACCGGCUGAAAAUUCAGAGAAUGAGGAACAAAAGCAACAAACGAACACCGAAGAAUUCACAAUCGACGAGAAAGUGAAAAUCAUACAACUUGACAGUCGAGAUUUUGGAUUUAUUAACUUUGAUAACAACACUACACAAAAAGAAGCCCUAAAAAAGGCUGUUAGUGGUUUAGAAAAAAUUUUAGCCAGACAAUGUAAAGCUGCGAAUGAUAGCACGGAUACAUGUAUUAUCCAACCGAAAAUAUACAGAAUAUUGGGUCAUCUAAACCUUCUUCUCGAUAACUAUCACAAGGCACUAUCAGCCUAUCAAAAAUGCUUUCAGCUACAUAAAACGUAUUGGAAGGAUGCUCCACUGUUGUAUGGCUUAGGAAUCGUUUAUUUUCACUUUAACGCUUAUCAAUGGGCUACCAAAGCUUUCCAGCAAGUUUUAUACAUCGACCCAUCUUUUUCAAGGGCAAACGAAGUUCAUAUCAGAUUGGGAUUAAUUCUUAAAUUGCAGUGUGAUUUUGAUACUGCUCUGAAGCAUCUUCGAUUAGCUCUAGCUGAUACAGCUGAAUGUUCAUUGUCUAAGCACGAACUCAGAUUUCAUAUAGCUCAUACAUACGAACUUCAAGGAAAGUGGAGAGCAGCUAGGGAUUCAUACGAGGCCGUCAUUGCUGGUGGUAACGACGUUCCUCACAACGUCAUCGCCAACGCAUACCGGCAAUUGGGUUGGAUGUACCAUUGUGUUGAGGCAAUAGGUGAUCGACAAUCGAGAGACGAAACAGCUAUAAAGUGUCUUCAAAACGCUAUUAACUCGAACGGAUCUUGUGGACAGAGUUGGUACCUACUAGGAAGGUGCUACUCCUCUGCCGGCAAGGUACAUGAUGCGUUCAUGUCCUACAGGCAAUCAAUCGAUAAAUCGGAGGCGUCGGCCGAUACAUGGUGCUCAAUCGGCGUUCUCUAUCAACAACAAUCCCAGCCAAUGGAUGCUUUGCAAGCAUAUAUAUGUGCAGUGCAACUAGAUAAAACUCACACGGCUGCUUGGGUUGAUUUGGGAAUACUUUACGAAAGUUGCCAUCAACCAAGAGAUGCUUUAACCUGUUACCUAAAUGCUACUCAACAUGGAAAUGCUUCAGUUAAUCCUAAUUUACAGGCACGGAUAAAAUUACUUGAAACACAAUUGUCCAAAGUGCCUCUGCACACCUUACAUAGAAAUAAUAAACCAUUACCGGGAAUUGAGGAGGCCUGGUCACUACCAAUACCAGCUGAACUAACAUCUAGACAGGGAGCAGCCACACCAUCUCGUUCAGCAAAUUCCUCUGCGGAUUUUGAUGGAUCUCCAGCAGCAAAACGGUUGAAGAAAGUCGGUACCAUGAUGAAUGACCUAGCUCUUCCAGUACCACCUCCGUUAAAUCCUCAACAAUUGCAGAUGCUCAAUUGCUUACAGCAGCAAGAUCCAAAUACCAUGACGCAAAACAAUCGAAUCGUUCUUCAAGACUUACAAGCUCAAUACUUGGCCCACCAACAACAUCAACAACAGCAGCAACAACAGCAGCAACAACAACAGCAACAACCACCGCCAUCUCAACCUCCGCAACAGCCUCAACAACCUCAACAACCGUUUGAACUACCACCACCUCAAACAACCCUUCCAAAUUCGCACGCAACCAUUGGACCAAACUUUCCCAAUAGUAAUGCUAAAGAAGAACUACAUAAUUCAGUUAGUGAUCAAGAAAUUACAGAUUUCCUCAGCAAACAUGAUAUUACUACCUCCAUGGCUGAGGACCUCUUAGCUCACUUUACAAAAGGAUCUUCUGAUGGUGACAAUACCAGUUCACCGGGACCUCCUGAAUUGUCUAAAGUAACUGAUGAUUGGGCUGAUAGUCUGGAACGAGUAACGGAUAGUCCGCCUCCUCUUUUAACUCCUAUAACGCCUUCCAUAGGUAUUCAUAUGCGAGCACAGGCAGUAAUUGAUGCCUGUAAAAGUCUCGGUAGAACUGGUACCUUCUCAAAUUCUCUACUGCCCGACGAAAGUCAACCUCCGUGUCCGCCCCCCAAUCCUUUUCCUUCCUUACCUCCCGAAAAACUUCAUCCUCCAACACCUAGUAUAUAUUUAGAUAAUAAAAAGGAUGCAUUCUCUCAAGAGUUGCAACAAUUUUGUCUGUCUCAACAUGUAUGUAUUAUUCGGGGAUUAGCCGGUGCUCUAAAACUGGAUCUAGGUUUAUUUUCAACAAAGAGCUUAGUGGAAGCUAAUGCUGAUCAUCCAGUGGAAGUCCGCACACAGAGACAAUUCGCACCAGAUGAAAAUAGAGAUGGUUCAGGAAACAGAAUUUGGCGUUGUGAAAGUUCUAGAUCUCAUACAAGUAUUGCCAAAUAUGCUCAAUAUCAAGCUUCAUCGUUUCAAGAAUCAUUAAAGGAAGAGCAGGAAAGAAAUAAAGGCGUUUUAAAGGAAGAUGAACAACAGCUAAAGAAAAGGAAAUACAAGCUCAUUAAAUUUGGCACUAAUGUAGAUUUGAGCGAUGAUAAAAAAUGGGCUCCCCAAUUACAAGAACUAACGAAAUUACCAUCUUUUGCUCGUGUUGUAGCGGGUAAUAAUAUGUUGUCACAUAUCCAUCAUACGAUACUUGGUAUGAAUUCUGUACAGUUAUAUAUGAAAGUACCAGGUUCUAGAACUCCUGGACACCAGGAGAAUAACAACUUUUGCUCCGUAAAUGUAAAUAUUGGACCCGGAGACUGUGAAUGGUUUGCAACACCUGAAUGCUAUUGGGGAGUUAUUCACAGGUUGUGUGAAAAGCAUAACAUCAACUAUCUAACUGGAUCAUGGUGGCCUAUUUUAGAAGAGCUGGAAGAAGCUAAAGUUCCAGUUUAUAGAUUUGUGCAGAAACCGGGUGAUCUCGUGUGGGUAGGUUCAGGUGCCGUCCAUUGGGUUCAGGCGAUUGGCUGGUGCAACAAUAUUGCCUGGAAUGUGGGACCUAUAACAGCUAAACAAUAUAGUCUGGCUGUUGAGCGCUAUGAGUAUAAUAAACUGCAAUCUUAUAAAAGCAUUGUGCCGAUGAUAUAUCUCUCAUGGAACUUAGCAAGGAAUAUCAAAAUGACAGAUAUUCGAUUGUUUGAGCAAGUUAAAUUUGUUCUAUUACGGUCCUUGCGAUUUACAGCUUUGAUACUCGACUUCUUCGACGCAGUUGGCAAAACAGUCAAUUAUCAAGGAGUUGACAAAGGAGAACCAGCUCAUUAUUGCCAUACAUGCGAAGUUGAAGUCUUUAACAUCCUCCUGGUGACAGAACACGAAAAGAAACAAUGUCAUGUUGUUUACUGCCUAGAUUGCGCUAAACGUAUCUCUCCUGAUCUUUCAAAUUUUGUUGCACUUCAUCAAUACCAUAUGAAAGAGCUUAUCCAAUGGUACGACGACUUUAUUCUAGGAGCAGCGAACACUGCAGUAACAACUGCCUGA